AUGCUCGCAUUACCUUUCUGUGGCCCCAGCAUCCUAGAUAACUUCUACUGUGACAUUCCACAAGUGCUGAGGCUUGUCUGCACAGACACCUCCCUCCUGGAGUUCCUUAUGAUCUCCAACAGUGGGAUGCUGGUCCUCAUCUGGUUCCUCCUCCUUCUGAUCUCUUACACCGUCAUCCUGGUGAUGCUGAGGUCCCACUCUGGGCAGGCGAGGAGGAAGGCAGCUUCCACGUGCACCGCCCACAUCAUUGUCGUGUCUAUGGUCUUCAUUCCCUGUAUCUAUUAUCUAUGCCCGACCCUUCACUACCUUCUCCAUAGACAAGGCUGCAUCCAUCAGCUACAGGGCCUUGAACCCUGUGCUCAACCUCAUCAUCUACACCCUGAGGAACCAGGAGAUGCAGGCAACCAUGGAGAGAUUAGGCAAGUGCCUAGUGAUUUCCAGCAAGGAGUGA